UCCAAACGUCCCAGCCGCCUCGACUCCCUUCUCUUUCCUGCCGCCUCGUCUCUCUACCUCCGCGGCUCCGCCUCCAUCGCCUCCUCAAGGUCCUCCUUCCUUUCCCUGCCUCUACACCCGAAGUAUACGGACAAAGAACACGGUGUGAGCGCGGAGACGACAGGUCCAGAGGCCAUGUGUGAGAGGAAGUGAGCGCUCCUCCUUCCAUGACUGCCUCCUGGAUCUGGAGGAGAAAGACACGCCCCUUGGCAAAAUUAUGCUUCUUGGCAGUGGCUCGAGCGAUGCAGGACCGCGACGAUCACCGGUGAGUGCAGCAGCUUCUACAGGUGGCGGGACCGAUGGUCAAGACCAUGGGCGUGGCUUGGGGACCGGCCCUUGCGUCGACCGGGGAGUACGUCUGCUGCCAACAAGCCAAGGUCCCGGACUCGUCAGUGAUGUAUGUCACAUCCCUGGAUAAAUUUAAGCUUCUACAAUCUCCAGUUAGCCAAGAUGAGCCGCAUGGUGACGCAGGAGGACCUGAUCUUCGGCAGGGAUCAAUGCACUCUUUACCACCCAGUCCAGCCUGCCCAUGGUCGAUGGCAAGGGCAGGUGCAUCGGGCCUUCUCCGAGAAGGAGAAGGCCAGCGCAUCCAAUGGGGUCAGUGCUAUACUUCAUCUUCCUAACAUGUGCUGCGGCCUGCUAUUACUUGCAGUGGCUACUUGCCACUUGUAUGCAUCUCUCUUACUAGGUAAAUGAACUUUUAUUGUCCAAGAAGCUAAUAUUUUUGCCAAGUAGAAUCAUAUUGCCCUAACAAGGUCCUAGACCGGUGUUGCCAUGACUUCGGAGCGGAGGCUGGGGAGGUCGGGCCUAGCGGGCACCAACCGGGACUUCUUUAAUUUCAGGCCAUAUUUUUUUGUCUUGCUUCUAUAUAUCAGGAUUUGUGGAAUCUAAGUGAUCUCCGAAUUGCGUUUUUUUAUCAUUACAUUAAAUUUUGUAUCCCCGCUUUCAAAAUUGGGCCUUGUUCAUUGCAAGGGAAAGAGGCCUCAUGCGCUGCCCUAAAUACAUCACAAGUAGGCCCUAUUUUAGGUUAAUUAUGUCACAAGUAGACCCGUAUGUUAGGUUAAUUAUGUCACAAGUUGUCGCGCUCUCUACAUACUUUAGUUUUUACUCAAUUGUCGCUGAUAGAACAAUAUUGUAAUAUGAACGAACAAUUUUGGAAUGUAUGAGUAUACUAUAACUUGACAGCUUUGGAACCUGCAUGCAUUACAAUAUUGUAGAUGAAUUUCACUAAUUAUGCAUACACUUUAUUUAGCAACCCGUGUGAAUGUAUAUCCAACUCACUCUUGAAUUUUGUAUGCUUUUCCAUCCUACAAAAUUGCAACUUAUAUUUAUUUUUGGCAACAAUAUCUUAGUAUUAUAUCAGGUAACUCAGCGCAACUGGUGUUUCGUAAUGAGUUCUUCGUCAUAAAAUAGCCUUUUGGUAGCAGUACUGAGUAAUAAAAAAUGUGUUGCUGUUUGCGUGUCUCCGUCGUCCCUCACUCUUGCGUCUCUUUCAACUUGUAAGUUGUCCCCUUCUCAAUUAAGUUAUAAUUUCCAUUGUUGUCAUUUAAAUACCUCUAGAUCUGACAAAUAAUGGGAGGAAAGUGAGUCAAUAAUCAAUAACAUCAUUAGCACAAACAUGUUAAUAUGGAAAGUUGUUCAGAGUAACGGGUUUGAUUGCAUGCUUGGAACCAUAAUUUCUUUUUUGUUGUUGCAGAUUUCCUUAUUUCUAUAAAAAAAUUGGUUUAGUACACUUCAAGGAUUAUUUGAUGACACCCCUGCCAUAAAAAUUUGCUCCCAAGACG